AUGAAUCUAGCAGAACAACAAGCAACGUAUCUUCGUCGUAUGCAAGGUCAUCUUGAGUCAAACGAUCUCUCAUCAGUUAUACGAGAGUUUAUAAACUUAAAGAAUCAAAACAUUACGCCAACUUUAGAAAUCUAUCACAUUCUUUUAAAAUCAUGUACAAAGACCUCUGAUUUACAAAGUGCCAUUCAAAUUAUCAACCAAAUGUAUACCGAUUCACACCAUUCUUCCAUACCAACAAAAGAGACUUACAAAUAUUUUUUGAAUGUAGUCGAAGCAUCUUCAGAUCACUUAUUAACUAUAAGCGUUUUAAGGUCAAUUACAAAUGGCCAGGUUCCUUUGGCUAAUUUGGGUUCUAAAACUCCAAGUUUAACUGAUUUACGAACAAUUAAUGUGGAUGUAGAUUUGGAAUUAUGGAAACUAAUAUUAAGAAUUAUGACCGUACCACAUAAAAUUUAUACAACGCAAAAAAUGGAUUAUUUUGAAGAUGUAAAAGAAUUAUGUGAAACGUUCAUUGAAUCAUUCAGAGGUCCAUUUGAUGAAGAAACUUGGAGAUUAAUCAUACGAGCUUUAGGAUCAUACCCUAAAGAAAAUGAUACAUUUCAAAAAAUGCUACAAAGACUUCAAGAUGAACAAUUAUUGACUCCGGCAUUGUAUUCUGAGAUAAUUUGGGCUUUAUCGCGAAAAUCAAACAUACAACUGGCAAAAACCUAUUUAGAUCGAUUGAUUUCAAGAUUUAAUUACAUACCAUCACGUGAAUCUUUUUACGCAAUGCUUUCUUACUAUGCUGAUUUAGGAAGAUUUAAAACUGUUUCAAAUUUAAUAAAUAGGUAUGCACUUUUGAUUAAAGAUCCACAAUCACAAAUGGCAACACAACAAAAUUUGAGAGAUUUAUGGGAAUUUGACUUUUCAACAGUCUUAAUGCAAGCUUAUGUUCAAGCACUCUCUAAAUAUAUUUCGAGUCAAAAAAAGUCAGAGGAUCAAACUGAUCGUCUUUUAGAGGAUACAGUGGAUUCGAGAAUCCAAAAGACCAUAGAACAAAUAGAUUUUUUUUCAAGUGAUGAUUUUACAAAUAGUUCAUUUUAUUCUUCAUGGAAAGAAUUGGUUAACAGUCUUUGUAAACAAUCCUCUACUUUAGACUCUAACUUUCCAAAAUUUCAUCGUGACCAUUAUGAUUUAAUAAUUAGAUUCAAUAGUUUUGCGAAUCAAAUUAGUCCUAAGGAGUUUCCAUUAGAUAAAAGUUUGGAAAUGUUAAAAAAUAUGAGAGGUGAAGGAAUGGAACCAACUUUUGAAACAUAUCGAAUUAUUUUAGAAGGAUAUGCACAAUCACCAGAAUUUCAGGCUGUUGAUGAAAAGUCUGUUGGUCUGAGAGUCGAAAAAGCUUUAGAAAUCUUUGAUAUGAUUAAACUUGCAGGAUAUGAUGUUGAUAAUAUCAAAGUCUUUCAACCAUUACUAAAAUCCUGUUUACCUCAGUUUGAUAGUAGAGAAAAUAUUGAUAAGAGACCCAAUUUAGCUGGGCAACAAGAAGAGAAGAAAGAAUCAUAUAAUGAAAACAUUUCCUUGCUUCGUAGCUCUCUAACACCAAAGAUCUUUGAAAUAGAACAGUUAAUGAAAAAUUUCAAAGUAAAACAUACUCAAGCCUCCACAAUUACAUUAUUUCAACAAUUAGCUUCGGUAGGUGACUACAAAAACAUGUGGAAACGAUGGACCAAGCUUUCAUUAAUGGGGUAUCGAAGAAAUGAGGAGUUGUAUGAAACAAUAUUAAGAUUAGCGUCAAGAGACAAAUUUGAAUCCGAAUAUGCUAUAAAUGUUGUUAGACAUCAGAUGAAAAGGGAAAAUCCGGAGGUCAAGCCUACAUUUGGAAUUUGGAAAGAAUUAAUGGAAUGUUGUGUAAAAUGUGAAGAUGGAUUGACAAUUAAGUACUUGGUUGAUGAGAUCAAUCAAUUUAUUCAAGAGGGAAAUAAGUCGCGUGAAAGGGCAAAUAUUAAUAUUGCGAAUAAUGUUGGAAUGCUUAGAAAUGAUGCAAAUAUAAGUCUUAAUGAAGAGGAUAUAAAUUUUAAAUUGCAAAUGUUAAUUCUAGGCACAUGCUUCAGAUUACCAGAAUUACAUAGAGAUGGAGAAAUUUUGAUGAGCCAAAUUCUAGAGACAAAGAGAAAAUCAAUCAAUUUUGAAUUUUGGAAAGUGGUUUUAAAUCAUUUAGUGAAAAAAUCUUUAAUCGAUAGUUCGGAUGAUUUAAACAUUCACCAAACUUGGGAAAUGUUUGUAGAUUGGAGGAACGAACAUUUCGGGUUUGAUAAAGACUUAUCGCGUGCAUUUUCUGUAUCUUCACCUACUCUCAAGACAACCACGAAACCAUCAAGCAAGCAUUCACCGUCAUCCACUUCUUUAAAUCAAGUAUCAGUUUCAUCAGAACCAAGUAUUACUAUAAAACUACCACAUCCUCCAUAUCGCGUUAAAGAUAUCGAAGUUGGUUAUAUUUAUAUCAAAUAUUUAACUCGUAAGAAGGAAUUUACACUAUUUAAAGAAGUUCUAAACCAUUUAGUUUUAAAUUUCCAUUCACUUUCAUCACCAAUUACUCUUGAUCAUAAGUCAACAAAUCCUUCAAUAGACAUUUCGCUUCUUGACAUUAAUGUAUUAGAAGAAUUCGCAUAUAUAUCUUGGAAACAAAAUAAUUUUGAUAAUUUAAGAUGGUUACAAAAAAAUAUUAUCGAUAGAGUCAACAUAGAUUCUUACUUGAAUCCACCUGCAAAUUCAGUCCUAAAUUACAACGUAGACGCUGCUAAAUUAGAAAGUUUUAAAACUCUUUCAAGAUGGUUAAAAAAUUGUAUGAAAAUGUCGACUAGUAAAGAUAAUUCACCUUCUUCUACCUACUUACAGAUAGCCAGAGAUUUCAAAAUAGACACAAUUAAAGCAUAG